AGGAAUAAAAACUGCAUAAUUCCUCAUGUUUGUUAUUUAGAUGUUUAAUCUAUUUAUAUAACAUGUGUUUAGACGAUAAUAUUUGGAUAGGUUGUUAAAUCAUGAAACUAUUUUUUAAAGGACUUUUUUUGUUUAUCUUUUCCCUGUUAUUAAGUUUAAACAUGUAUAUUGAAUUGAAGAAAAAUUCAUACAGCAGGUGUCUCAUUUUUGACGACUCCGAUCAACUUGAGGCAGAUAAUAAUAUUACUAUAUUAAUGGGUUCAAAGCGUGAGGAUAAUGGAGAAACUGUUCGCCAGUCUGGUAUCAGUCUUCACGACCGUGUUCCAAACAUUAUCAUACAAUAUGGAGUAGGAGGAACUGCCACAACAUUACAGUUUCAGAUUUUAUGUGUGCUUAUGGCAAUGCUUCAUGAAUCUGAAAUUAACUCCGUAGGCUGUUUCUAUGGAAGAAAACAAUUUUAUAAGUAUACUGUUAUUAAGACACAUGAAAUUAAAUACAAUGAACUGAGACUUUUGCCAUAUGAUACUUGGAUUUUCAUGACUUCAAGUAGUAAUCUGUCUGCCGAAAAGCAACGGAAGUUUGAUUAUAAUAAGCGUAAAGUUCAAAUGAUGAAGAUGAAUUGUCCAUACAUUGCAGACAUAGAAACUGUUUCAAAACGUGGCCAUUUCAUUGUCCAUGAAUACCGCUCAAUGUUUAGAGUUGAUGAGGAACAGAUACAGCAGGCAGUGGAAUACUUACGCUAUUGGGACAUACUUCGUUUGUGUUGUGGGAAACAAAUGUCGGCAGAUUGGCGUAAUUAUUUAUCGCCGACCAAAAACUAUAAGCCACAUCACAGUCUGCAUAGUUCAACGUACCCUGCAUGUGAAAUAUACAAUAUAAGCAAAGUUGAACAGCUUCUGAUAAAAACGUAUGUAUUUCAGCGUUUUGCAGAUAUACCGUCCCUUCGUGACGUAAUAGGGAAGCCAUCAAAUGUUGACGGUAACAUCGAUGGUCAGUACUGUGAGCGAUGUAAUAGAAAUAUAUCGAAAAACCAUUUACGUUUUAAUGAUAAAUGUGUAUGAUACUUAGAUGUUUUUGUUUUGAUACGAGUUUCCGUGAAAUCUCGCCGCGCAGAAAGAUUCUAAAACUGGCAUGAUUGUAUAUUAAUAAAUGCAAACAAUGUGUCAAAUAACAAUAUACAUUGUAUGAGAUAUCAUUUUUAUAAGGUACCAAAAAUGGGAAUUAAAACAUUUUUUGUUUGGUUUUUGUUAAAUGGACAUUAUUUCACUUAAAACCCCCAAAUUUUACGCUCAUAUUUUUAUCAAUUUUGUAAAAUCUAAAAACAGAAAAUAAAUAGGCAUACAUUUAGGGCGAACAUUUAUGAACAAGUUGAAAAAAAAAAAAAUAUCAAAUGAUAUGAAAUACAAAUCAGACACAGUACGUAAUUUUACGAAGUUGUUACUUGUUCGUUAAUUUAUAAACUAGCUCAAAAUGUUAAACAUUGUACAUUAUUGCAAACAUUUGAAGACAAUCACAGGCUCAAAUUCGUAAAUUUACGAACAGAACUAUAUCUAAAACAAAUCCUUUUUACAUGAAAAGACUUUUUUCCUAACUUAAUAAAUUUACAAACUGGCCCAAACUGAUAAAUUUGUCUAUUAUUGCAAAAAUCUGAAAAAUAACUCAAGAGGAUGACAUCGUAAAUUUACUUUUAUAAUACAAUACAAAUUGCACUUAUAUAGCGCAAAAUAUGCCUAGAAUAAGCUGUUAAUGCGCUUUACAAAGUCUGAUCAUAUGUACAUCAAUCUAAGUGAUAAUUUAGGUGUAAUAAGUCUUUGAGAAUAAAUGUGUCUUAAGACAAUUUAUUAACAAAAUUGUAUACAUUCAAAAACAAACAAACAAAAAAGAACAACAAAACAAAACAACAGACAACAUGGCCAACAUUCCAAUACAGUGACCAGUAGUUUUGGCAAAAGUAGUCUCCCUUGAAUAU